AAUUUUUCAUGCUGAGAGUUUAAAAUCAUGAAUGUUCGUACUGAUGCUUAUGCUAUGCAUGACUUGAUUUAUCUGAAUUAAUUGAUUGAUCUAACUUAACUAACUGAUCUGACUUGCCAACACACUUAACCCUGUGUGCGAGGUUGUGCAUCGGCUCCAUGUCCCGUAGCCGCGAGGGGAGCCGCUGAUAGUAUUCUGGCAUACUAUGGUGGACCACGCUUGAGCCCGUGGCUUGCACAUCCACCCUGAUCUGAGCUGCAUUGGAUCUUAAGAUGGGGAAGAAGAUUGGUACGGGGCAUGAAGCUGGUGGUCUGUAUUACCUUGAUGUCAAAUAGUCACCCACUUGAGUCUUACAUCCUCAUAAUCACUUGCUUUUGAAUGGUGUACUUGUAUCGGUUGCGGCCCUCGGCUCCCAUGCCUCUACCAACAUUGUCUCCAUCUUCAGAUUGAUCUUAAGUUACCUAGUGCUUCCUACUCUCCACCUAUUGCUCUCCGAAAAGGUAUUAUCAUCUCGUCUUGGAAGGAAGCCUGAGGAUAUCAUCAAAUUAGAUGCAAAUGAAAACCCCUAUGGUCCUCCCCCAGAGGCACAUUCUGAGUGUUGACACCCUUUGCUAUCCUAAAUAGAAAUUCAUGUUUAUAGGUUUUUGAAGCUUUGGCCUCGAUGAAGUUUCCAUACGUCUAUCCAGACCCUGAAAGCCGCCGUUUGCGUGCUGCCCUUGCCCAAGAUUCAAAACUUGAAUCUGAGUAUAUUCUUGUUGGAUGUGGGGCGGAUGAGCUCAUUGAUUUGAUUAUGAGAUGUGUGCUUGAUCCUGGUGACAAGAUAGUGGACUGCCCUCCAACCUUUACAAUGUAUGAAUUUGAUGCUGCAGUAAAUGGUGCAUUUGUAAUAAAAGUUCCAAGGAAGGCAGAUUUUAGCUUGAAUGUAGAACAAAUAACAGAUGUUGUUGAACGGGAGAAACCCAAAUGCAUAUUUUUAACAUCUCCCAACAAUCCAGAUGGGAGUAUAAUUGAUGACGAAGUUCUCAUGAAAAUCCUUGAGCUUCCCAUAUUGGUUGUGCUGGAUGAAGCAUACAUUGAGUUUUCAGGAAUUGAGUCAAAGAUGAAAUGGGUGAAAAAGCACGAAAAUUUAAUUGUUCUUCGAACAUUUAGCAAAAGGGCUGGUUUAGCUGGACUUCGUGUGGGAUAUGGAGCAUUUCCAUUGAGUAUUAUUGAGUAUCUUUGGAGAGCAAAGCAACCUUAUAAUGUUUCGGUUGCUGCUGAAGUUUCUGCUUGUGCAGCUUUGCAGAAUCCCUCAUAUCUUGAGAAAGUGAAAGAUGCUUUGGUACAAGAAAGGUUGAGGCUUUAUAAUUUUCUUAAGGAAGUGCCAUUUCUCAAUCCAUAUCCCAGCCAUUCUAAUUUCAUUCUUUGUGAGGUUGCAUCUGGAAUGGAUGCUAAGAAGCUAAAGGAGGACCUUGCAAAAAUGGGCGUAAUGAUCCGUCACUACAAUAACAAAGAACUGAAGGGUUAUGUUCGCAUGUCUGUUGGGAAGCCUGAGCACACAGAUGCCCUGAUGAACUGCCUUAGACUCCUGUCCUAGUCCUGUAACUGAGCAGGGUCAACAUUUUAGGGAGCAGAAUCUGAUUAAGAGGUCAAAUUCAAAUUGUACUUUUUGCUAAUUAAACCACAUUUUAAACAGUUAUAUUUUCUUUGUUUUGGAAUUAAAUGAUAUUUAUAUUUCAAACUUGAUGUCUUCUUUUUCUUGUGGAAGGUGAAUGAUGCGUUCUUGUUUAAUCUAGACAGUUCACUAUGAUUAAAACCUUCUUUGCUAGAGAGACAGA